AUGGCCCGUAAGCGCAAAAGCGUAGCUAGUACUGCUGACUUGUGCCCGCAGGAUCUCAACGAGAUUUCGUACAUCGCCUGGAUGAACAAGCAGAUCGCGGCCGGCCGCAAGCCCGCCGGCCCUUUGCAAGAAGGAGCGCCUGGUGCGGGGGACACCUCGUUCGAAGCCCCGCGCGAUAUCCCAACCUGCGGACGCCGUCAUGCCGACCGGGUUGCCUCAUCCCGCGUCAACGACGAUGCUGCCUUCGAUGACGACGAUGACGCCGCAGACUCUGAUUACAAUGAGUGCGACGAGGCCUGCGACGACGACGCGGACUCUGGCGAGGAGGAGGACAAGGGCAUGUCCCCUUCAGAGGAUGAAGCUGACGUCGAUGAGGACACCAAUGACGACGAUGACGCUCCCGAGGAGGGCCAGCCUGCGACCCCGGCUCCCCGUCGCGGCCGUGCCUCUGCAGCUGCGGGAACCAAGACUGCUGCGAAGGGCGGGGAACCUCUGCGUGCCGCUGCCAAGACCCGCAACCUGCAUCCUGUUAAGCGGAGCGUGUGGUCCCCCCGCAAGAACACGAUCUUCGUGGCUGCACGUUGGUUCAUGAAGGACGAGCUCGGACCCCUCCUCGGGAAGCAGGGCUCUCAGUACUGGGCCUGCCUCGCGCUCCACCUCGAGCAGGAGAAUUCCGGGUGGGUGCGCGGCUUGAACGCGCUUCAGAAGCAGUGGCGCAAUCUUGUCAACAUGUACAAGCAGAUCAAGAAGGGGGAAAAGGCGAGUGGAAAGGGUGCCGUGUGCAAGCCCCACUGGUACCCGUACAUGGCUCUCUUCCAGAACAACAAGGCGGUGGGCAACCCUCACGCCGUCGACGGUGGAGAGACAGCAACGAUGGCCGCUGCCAAGCUGGUGUGCGAGACAAUCAAAGGCUGCCACUCAGACGCCAUGAGCAGGCUCAAAGGCCUCGUCCGCGCGUGGAUGGAGCAGGACGCGCGUAUUGCUCGCGAACACGUGCAUCAGCCCGCCCCCUCCCCGCCGGCCCGCGACGACAUCCCUGUCGACGCGGACAACAUGACCGCAACGCACGCCGCCGAAGGCGGCGACGACGGUUGGCUCCGUCGCGGGCAGGCGGGCGACCACGCAUCUAACCCUGACGAGGGUGAGGAGGUGUGGGCUCACGGCGCCGCUGAGUGA